AUGUAUAAUAAUACAAGUCCAAUGAGACAUUAGGUCAUACAAGCUCCUCCAAAUAAGUCAGUAUCUCCAGUGUCAAAGUUUCAAGUCAUGGGAAAUCUUUAACCUCCUCCCGGGAUGAAAACAGUCCUCAAACCAAAAAUCUAUGAAGUAGUUGAAGUGCCUCUUAAUCAUUACACUUCGGUACCAACAUUCCAACCACCUCAAUAAUUGCAAUAUGAUCAGGAGUUACAAAGGAAGAUUAGAUAAUUGGAAUAGGAAUCCUUUAUUUGUAGAUAGAAAAUUGAGUAGGAUCAAAAAAAUGAUAAAUUUUAACAGCUUAAUGAAAAAAUCAGACAGCAGCAGCAAGAAAUUGAAAGACUCAAAUCAACCAAUGAUCCAAACCUCAGACUGCUUAAAGAAUAAUGCGAUUAUUAUUUUAAUCAAUCAUAAUAGGCGGAGUUGGAGAAAAAUGAGUUGAUACUUAGACUCAAGUAAAAUGAAUAGCAGAUGCAAAAGAUCUAGCAAUAGUAAUUUCAUAAUAACGACAAGGAUACAAAAUACAAUCAAUUACUCAAUGAGUACGAAUAAUUAAAACAGAAGUAUCAAAUUCUUGAAACCUAAUCACAACAAUAAAUAGAUCAAUAAAAAAGUGAAUACGACAGAAUUUACAAUUAACAUUUCUCUUAAAUUAAAUAAAAUUCUGAAAUUAGAAGUAAACAAUUUGACGAUUAGAUUAUGAAAUUAUAAGAGGAAUUGGACAAUGCAAUAAAUGAAGCGGAAGUUUGGAGAUAAAAAUAUCAUAAAGAAGAGCUGAAUCAAAUGAAUCAUACUAAACGCAUCAAUGAAUUGGAAUUGAACAGUUUUCAUUAGAUUAAAGAAAUUGAAAGAUUGUAAUAAUUAAUUGCAAUCAAAUAAUAAGAAAAUGAUUCUCUUCAGUAGAAAAUUAAUUACUUAGAAUUCAAUUAUCAACAAAUUUCAUCCUAAGGAUUAGAUAGUGAAAUCAAGAGACUUAAGGAACAAUUAGACUCUAGAUAAAGAGAAAUAGAUGAUUUAAAGAGAAGGAAUAAUGAAAUUGAGUAGAAUGUACUUAAGUUAAAGGAUCAUGAAAUUCAAAUGGAAAUUAUUAAGCAGAGAAAUUAAUUAUUUGAAAGUUAAUUGUAGGAAUCCGAUAGAUUCAAACAUCAAUACGCAUCUUAACUCAUUGAAUUGGAUGAAUUACGCAAUAAAUAAAAUAGAUUAGAGAAUUGUGUUAAUGAUUUGAGAAGGAAUGAAUAUAGACAACAAGCUGAAAUUAACAGAUUGAAUGACUUAGUAAGAGUAAAGGAUGAGGAAAUCAAUAAAGUGUAAAUUGAAUACAAAAAAAAUAUGGCUCAGUUGACAUAACAAAUGAAUUCCUUUAGGUCUUUAUUUGAACGAGACAUUGAUACUUAAAAUUUGAAUAGAAACAGAUAAGAUAUGGAGAAUAAGGAAAUGAUAGAUUAAAGAAUCUAGCAAUUAUGUGAGGAGUUGAAUAUGAUCAAGAAAGAUAGAGAACAAUUACAAAUGGCUUGUUCUUAAUUGACAUAGACUAAACUUGGAUUGGAAAAUCGAAUAAUUGUUUUGUAAGGGGAAAUAGAUCGAUUAAAUUAAUUAGUUAAAACACAAAACAAUGAAAUCAAUCAUCAUUUAUAGACUCUAGAGUUGUAGAAUGACUAAAUUGAAUAAUUUAGAUAGUAAAAUGAAAUUUACAAAAAAGAGAUGGAUCUUUUCAAAACUAACUCGAAUUCCAAUUUCUUUUUAUCUGGAUCAUAGAAAAAGUUUGAUUUCAUUCCAAAUCAGCAUUCAGACUCUAACUGGAAUUGA